AUGGAGGUGGCGGUGGAGGUGCUGGUAUGGGGGAAGUUCGCGUUCUGGUGCCUGGCCGUGCAGCGUGCCGUCAGCCGCUUCCACGCCAGCCCCAUGAUUCUUAAAUGCUGUGACCUGAACGCGCCAAACCUGCACUGCAACGUGGCCGCGCUCGUGGGCGGCCCGGCGGCGGGACGGGCGGCGCCCGCCGAGUGGCCCGGGCCCUAUCCCGGCAUCGCGUUCGAGGAGCUGCAGCCGCUGGUGCGUGCCAACGCCAUCUUCCUGCUGGACGUGCGCAACCGGUCCGAACUGCUGGACCAGGGCCGCCCGCCGAACUCCCACAACUUGCCGCUGCACGAGCUGAACGAGGCCCUGACGCUGACGGCUGCCGCCUUCCGUGAGAAGUACGGCUUCGUGCUGCCGCCACCUGAGCAGGAGAUGGUCCUGAUGUGUUAUUCCGGCCUUCGCGCCGAGGCUGCUGCUGCUAAGAUGAUUCCCGCCGGUUACGGCAACCUGCGUCUCUACUACGGCUCUUUCAAAGACUGGGCGCGCCGCGGCGCGCCCGUGUCUCGCGAAAUUCCGGCGGAGACGUGCGGCGCGGCUUGCCGGUGGCAAGGACCUGGUGCUGGAUAUUCGCCCAGCGGCGAUCCGUGA